AGCGCGCGUGCGCGCGCCCGUCCGUCCGUCGCCGCGGUGACCGUCCUCACAGUCCGUCGGCUCGCGCCCCGCCUCCGUCCCGCCGCCCCCUCCCCUGUCGCGCGCUGGGGGUGUUUCUCGCUCCUCCCGAGGUACCGCCGCGGUUGCCGCUGCUCCUCCUCUCCCAGUCUUGGGUUUCCCUGGCGCUGCCGCCGCAGCUACCUCUGCGGGCUGUAUGAGGAGGAGGAGGAGGAGGAUGUGAAGAUGGCGGAGCUGCAGAUGCUGCUGGAAGAGGAAAUCCCGGGGGGCCGCCGGGCCCUCUUCGACAGUUACACGAAUCUGGAACGGGUGGCCGACUACUGCGAGAACAACUACAUCCAGUCAGCAGAUAAGCAGCGAGCCCUAGAAGAAACCAAAGCCUACACUACCCAAUCCUUAGCAAGUGUUGCCUAUCUGAUAAACACCUUGGCCAACAAUGUCCUGCAGAUGCUGGAUAUCCAGGCAUCCCAGUUACGGAGGAUGGAAUCUUCAAUCAAUCAUAUUUCACAAACAGUUGAUAUUCAUAAAGAGAAAGUUGCAAGAAGAGAAAUUGGCAUUCUGACUACCAAUAAAAACACUUCAAGGACACAUAAGAUUAUUGCUCCAGCCAAUCUUGAGCGUCCAGUUCGUUAUAUUAGAAAACCUAUUGACUAUACAAUUCUGGAUGAUAUUGGGCAUGGAGUAAAGUGGUUGCUUAGAUUUAAGGUGAGUACCCAGAAUAUGAAGAUGGGUGGGCUGCCACGUACAACACCUCCAACUCAGAAACCCCCCAGUCCCCCGCUAUCAGGGAAAGGGACACUUGGGCGGCACUCCCCCUAUCGAACACUGGAGCCAGUGCGUCCUCCAGUGGUACCAAAUGAUUACGUACCUAGCCCAACCCGUAAUAUGGCUCCCUCGCAGCAGAGCCCUGUGAGGACAGCUUCUGUGAAUCAAAGAAAUCGAACUUACAGCAGCAGUGGGAGUAGUGGAGGAAGUCACCCAAGUAGUCGGAGCAGUAGUCGGGAGAACAGUGGAAGUGGGAGUGUGGGGGUUCCAAUUGCUGUUCCUACUCCAUCUCCUCCCAGUGUGUUUCCAGCCCCUGCUGGCUCCUCUGGCACUCCUCCCCUUCCUGCUACUUCUGCAUCUGCCCCUUCCCCUCUUGUUCCUGCUACUGUUCCCUCCUCCACUGCCCCAGACGCUGCUGCUGGGGGUGCCCAGACCCUUGCUGAUGGCUUCACUUCUCCAACUCCCCCUGUUGUUUCUUCUAAUCCCCCUACAGGUCAUCCUGUUCAGUUCUACAGCAUGAAUAGACCUGCUUCUCGCCACACCCCGCCAACAAUAGGGGGCUCCUUGCCCUAUAGACGCCCUCCUUCCAUAACUUCACAAACAAGCCUUCAGAAUCAACUGAAUGGAGGACCUUUUUAUAGCCAGAAUCCAGUAUCUCUUGCUCCUCCUCCUCCCUCCAUCCUACAGGUAACUCCUCAGUUACCUUUAAUGGGAUUUGUGGCCAGAGUCCAAGAAAAUAUUUCAGAUACACCACCUCCACCACCACCUGUGGAAGAGCCAGUCUUUGAUGAAUCACCCCCUCCACCUCCUCCUCCAGAAGAUUAUGAAGAGGAGGAAGCAGCUGUGGUUGAGUAUAGUGAUCCUUAUGCUGAAGAGGACCCACCAUGGGCUCCAAGGUCUUACUUGGAAAAGGUUGUGGCAAUUUAUGAUUAUACAAAAGACAAAGAAGAUGAGCUGUCCUUUCAGGAAGGAGCCAUUAUUUAUGUCAUCAAGAAGAAUGACGAUGGUUGGUAUGAGGGAGUUAUGAAUGGAGUGACUGGGCUCUUUCCUGGGAAUUACGUUGAGUCUAUCAUGCAUUAUUCUGAGUAAAGCUCAGCAGGGCUGUGCUUCCCUCACAGGAAUAGUCAGGUCUUCCCAGAUUAUCCGGAGGCCCUGGGGAUUUCCCUCCAGUGAAAUAGAAUGAAGGAUACAAAUGAUAAAAACUACUUAUUUUAAUUUUUUUUUUUGUUUAUCCCCCAGUAUUAAAACAAAAACAAAAAAGCAAGCCAAGUCUGAACAAAUCGAUCUUUCUAUACACAUCAUUUGUACUAUGCUGAGCUGUCUGGAUUGAAAUAAAGUGACCAUUUCUGAAUAAAUCAAAAGUCAGAUUAAGACUGGUUCAGGAAAAAAUCUGGGAUCUUUCUCAGGAAUACUGUACACCCUUGGGGUUUCCCUUCCUGCAGAAUCUGUGGCAUUGGAUGUUCAUCAUUGCCUGUGCUAAGGGGUUAACCCCAUGGCCCAGUGGGUAUCCUAGCCCCUCAUUCUUCCACUUGUAUAAAGAGGAGAGAACCAAUAUUUAAAUACUACAAUUAACUAUUUUUACAAUAGUUUCAGAUGGCUUUUUUCCCUCUAUAACACUGUAAAUUCUGCAUUCUCUCAGCACUUGAGUGUACUAGAUGAGUUAAUGCUGAACUCAGUUGCAUCUGAUCAUGUUUGUUUGUAGAUUAUAAGGAUGAUGGAAUGUGAAAGUCUCCAUACAUUCUGAGGGUGGUUAACAAUUCCCAGUUUUAGUGUGCUGCUGCAUGAGACUACAUUGCCACUGAUGGCCAGUGUGCCCAGAUGUGAAAUGUGGUAGGGGUUCAUAAGCUGAGUUUGGUGUGUGAAGUUAGACACGUAGGUUCCUAAGUCUCUGAAGGAACUGCCCUGUAGAACAGGGGUCCUGAUCCCUCACCUCAGGUGCUGGAGUAGGAUCAUGGAGGUUAGACCAACUAUUACUUAUUACUUCUUUGCUACGUAGAAAACCAUUUUUUGGUUUUUUGUUGUUUGUUUUGGAAGAGAAUAGCAGUUGGGAGUGAAAUAAAAGGCUGCUACCGUGCUCUCUGAACUUACUACUGGCCACUGUUAGCUGCUGUUGUUAUUUACUCACUGAGCUCUAGAAAAGGUAAAUCCAAAUCCUUGCUUGGUUUUAUGUCAUUUAACUCUGAAAUAGCUGCUCUUAGUAAGAAUUUGAACCUUCUAUUUCAGACUAAGUAUACAGUGGAACAAGACUAAUAAGCCAGUCACAUAGAUAAACAUCAGUAUAACUUUCAAGAGAAACUAAUAAAUAUUUCCAUCUGCAUAAUAAUUAAUAAUUAUAGCUUCACCCAUUGGAGUUUAAAGGUUCCAUGACUUCAAUCAUCCCUUUUGUAAUCAGCAUAAGAAAUAGUUAAAAGUACAGAAGGGGUUGCUGCUCAGUAGGUAAAUACUAUGACAUGGGCCAGCUUAUGGUCAGGCCCAAAGCUGCCAUUGUGGGUUCUUCCCAGUACAGUGACUUGGCCAGAAGAGAGCUUUGCUGGAUAACUUCCCUGUACUGGGUGAAAAAGGACAGGCAAUAGUUGCAUGUAUUUCAAAUGUAGGCAUUUGAUGGGUAGUACAGAUAUAAGGACUUGGUUGAAAAAUGAACAAGUAUAAUAAUGUGUGAGGAAAUACAGAUGGUAUAGGCAGAAGUUAUUCCACUUGUAAAUCUGUUAUCUGGGCAUCUAACUUCACCAUUUAACUGAGACCCAGAUAUAAUGUUUCCUUAUCAAGAUUUUGUUUGUUUCAAAGUUGCAUUUUUUUUUAAAUCACAUUUUAGUUAUUUUGGUUUUAGAUUUUCCCCAGUACUUUGGACUUAAGAGUUAUUAUCUUGCCUCUAGUACACAUUCCACUUUGUGGUUUUGUGAGAUCAUCUCAGCAUGUCUCACUCCAUUUUCCUUCAUGAUAAUGGCCCUGAAUAUCCUCCUAGCCUUUAGCUCCAUUAUGGACCCAAACAAGAUUAUAUAUUUGGAUCUGUCAAACUCUUUGUAGCACUGGUACAUAACUAGGGAAAUCUUUGAAAUUAGUUGUUCUAAUUGUCAAUUAAAGUAGUUUUGGGCCAAGAAGCUUAGAGGAAUAAUAAGGUGGAGGGUGUUUUGAAAUUCAACAAGUAGUUCCCAUAGCUCACCUCUACCAGAGAAGCAAAGGCAACUACAGAAAGCAGAGCUGGUGGAGUCAAGGGAUGCAGCUUGCCUGCUGGACCCUGCUGGUUGGGGAGUACAGAAGACACUGGUGAAGUCCUAUAUUAUACUGAAGAUCUACAGUGGGGGGAAAUUCAUGGUUAGCUGAUUUAUUUUUCUAUAUUAUUUAGUACUCAUGUGUGUGACUUUGUUUUAUAAACAAUUGUUGAAUUUUUUGCAUAUUAAAUUUUUGUACAGUUUCAAAUUCUAUAGUUUGUCUUGAAAGGAUACUAUGAAAUAAUGAGCCAGGCCUACAGUAAUUGGAGACUUUUAAUGUAUGUAAUAUUACAUAGAUUGCAUGCUAUUAAUAGUCUAUAAGGGUAGUAUAUUUCCUGUUUUAUUGUAAGUUUCCCCAUCUGUCUUUUUAUAAACUAAAAGAUGGUUCUUAGGAAUUUCAGAUGAAUUCAUGAAAUCUUCAUGUGCUGCAAAAAUGUAUUGCUAUUAUAGCAAAGAUGAUCCAAGUCUGAAAUUUGCUCACCAGUAAGCAACCAUUUUAUCAGGAUAGCAGGAAUCUAAUAUGAUGGUGGUCUUCCCUCCAGAUUUUCUCUUUGAUUGUGUGUGGCCACUCCCUUUUUCCCUUCAAAAAAAGGAUUGAAUAGUUGGGUUUAAAAAAUAUUUUUUAGAUAUUAAUAUUUGAAAGUCCACAGGGACAUGUGAGUGAACAUAAACAUUUUUACUUUUGACUUUGUGGCCAAGACAAUAAAUUGGAAACAAAAAAUAGUGCCAGUUUUUCAAAAUCUAGUCCUGAGAGAUUCAUUCAUUCAGCCUGCUGUGUGUUGGGAAUAAGUAUGAAUCUUUUUCCUCUUUUGGUAUUUCCCAUCUUUCGGCUACUUCCUUCUGUCUUCCUCAGAGACACCUGCUGUUCCCACAUUGGGGCUGGUAAGGGACUGCUAACUUUGCUGUGUUCCUAAAUCACUGGGUGUGACAUUUUCGUUCCCUCCUUCCUUCCUUCCAAUGCUGUUUACUACCCAGCUGGAGAGAAUGUUUUAUGCAUCUUAAUGGUGAUAUCUGUAAAUGUAGCUGUGCUCCUUAGCAUUUAACAUUGACUAAAGGUAAUUAAGGUUUUUCUGUUUGGGAGGCAUCAGAAAUGAUGGUAGUUUGCUUUUAUCUUUUCUCAUUUUCUUUUAGCAGGUCCGUUCUUUUACCUUUUAUUACCUUUUCUCCUCUUGGAGAGAGCAUGGCAUGUCCUGAAGGCCACCUUUACCUCUGAAAAGGGUUGGAGGAGUUGGCAGGUGACUGCCAGGCAUUUGGAAAGAAUGGGGAUCUGUUCACUUCUGAACUUUGGCCAAAAACUCUCAGUUGGUGUUGAAGUGGUAAUUUCCCUCACAUAAUUUACUUUAGAAUUACAGAACUUUAGAGCUAGAUGAGCUUUUAAAAUUUUUGAUUCAGUCUCAUUUGACUAAUGAGGUUAUUAGAUGCUUUGUUUCAGAUUUAGAGUUCCUGACUCAGUGCCCAGUACUCUUUCCACUACACCACAAAUGUCUUAAUUAAAUGUGCUGUAUUUUUCUUUAAAAAUUAAGAGUUCUACUUGAUGUUUUCAGGAAUAUACUUGAAAAUAUAUGCCAUGUUUUGGUAAAUAACCAUCAGAGUAUUCAGACUGUUUAAAGGAGUGUAUUAAGUGCAACCUUAGUGAAAAAAAAUCUUCAUUUACCCCUUCUAAAACUAUACUCAGUAUAAACACUCUUUCCAUAAGGUGUUAUGUAGCAAAAACACAUUACAUUAGUUCAACACUGGCAGGAGCACAGCACAGCAGAACAGCCUUAUUUAAGAGAGCCUUACAAAAGUUAUUAAACGGAGGCAUUGAGCUCAUUACCUUUACGUUUACGUUAUGCUGAUCUUUGUUUCAUUGAGAAUCUCUAUUUAAAAAUUACAAGUGAAAUGACAGGGCCUAGCUGUGUAUAAAUGAUCCUUGCUAAAUAUCUUAAGGUUUUUUGUAAUGAAAACACAACAAAAAGCUUAUUUUCACAUUAAAAUGAAACCUCUUUUGCAACUUCAGAAUUCUAUGGAAAAGCAGUUUUUAUCAUAUUUUGUGUCCAUGUACCUUUUUUCUUAACAAAAUGAUUUACAAAAAAGAAUGUAAAAUUUGUGAUCUGGCCAGUUGUACUUUUUAGCUCCCACAGAGUUGGUAGUGUUGAGUAAAAAACAUUCAGGAAAUUUGAGGGAGCAGUCUGUUGCCAGUAAUUGUUCCUUGUGUGUGCCAUUAAACCACCUCCAGAUGACUGGGGCUACAUUCACUUUUUAAUUUUUUAAUUGUAUUUGGAAUUAAUUAUUGCUGUGUACUAAGAAUUUGACCUAAAUAAAAAUCACAAAGUGUA